GUGUUAGUUCUUAUAAGAAAAUGUGUUCCAAACACGUGCACCCGGCUUUCGAUUAGAACACAGAUUUUAUUAAAGGACUACACCAUAUUAUUGAAGGAACAACAAAAGGGUUUUAUAACUUAAUGCGUAUAAAAGAGAAAGUAAUUAGGGGUACUUACAAUAUUAUUAAUCCGGAGUAUAUUGGUUUUUCAAGCAACGUCGAUAAGAUAGUAAAGCAAGAUAUGUCAAAUAUGAUAUUAGAUAAUUUAAAUAGGCUAGUACCGAUUCGAAGAGCGCAAUACGAUGUAAUACCAAUAGUGUUAAAUCCAAAGUUGCAUGCCCUUCAGGCUGCAACACAAGAAUAUAUUACCGUAACGCGGUGUUACUUUGCUACGUAUUGGUGACUUUACACAUGACCGGUAUAUUUUCACUGAACAUUAUAUCUGUAUUAAAUCUGACAUCGUUGCGACAAAACACGUGCAGAGUUGAUUAAGUCGAAUGAUGGUUGGAAUUACACAAUUCGAGAAAAGUGUUCAGUCCGUUGUGGAACGGUGUGGUGGACGUUUGAGCUGCGGCGUGAUUAUCGGCCGUUUCAACAACUGCUUGGUAUAAUGGGCCGCAUUUAUAAAAGAAGAGUUGGUAAUAGAAAUUACGCAAAUUAUUCUGAAGACACAUUAAAGCAAUCCGUGCUGGGGCUAGUUACAGAGAAGCUGGAAUCCGUUAUGGAAUUCCAUGGAAAACCUUGUGGAACAAGGUCAAAGGAAAACAUAAGAACAAAGUGGGUGGACCAACUGCAUUAACGGAAGUCGAGGAAAGAGUUUUGGUAGACGUGCUUCUUGCAGCUGGUGAGUUCGGAAGUCCUCUCACUGCAUUCGAUCUCAGAUUACUAGUCAAAAGAUAUUUUGAUCGAAAGGGAACGAUCAUAAGCAAGUUUCCAAACAACUUGCCAGGCCACGACUGGGUUUUGAAUUUUAUGGAUAGGCACAAAGAUAAGCUGUCACAAAGAAGCUGCCAGAACAUCAAGACAUGUCGUGCAGAGAAAACGGAAGAGGAGAUGCAAAAUUAUUUUGAAAAUUUGGAGAGAAGCCUGAGAGAUGUUCCACCUACUAAUAUUUUAAAUUUCGAUGAAACUAAUCUUUCCGAUGACCCCGGAUCUAAAAAAUGUAUAUUUCGGCGAGGAAUGAAAUAUCCAGAACGAGUAAUGAAUACUUCUAAGGCAUGUAUUUCCAUUAUGUUUGCCAUCACUGGGGCUGGAGAUGUUUUGCCACCAUACACGGUGUAUAAGGCGGAGCGAUUGUACGACCAGUGGACCAUUGGAGGACCGAAGAAUGCUCGUUAUAACAGGUCGAAAUCGGGGUGGUUCGAUGGCUUUACCUUUGAAGAUUGGUUCUCCUCAAUUGUUAUUCCUUGGGCGAAAAGGCUUUCUGGGCCUAAAGUUAUUAUAGGCGAUAAUUUAUCCUCACAUCUGAACAUAGAAAUUAUAAUAGAAUGUCAGCGAAAUAAUGUUAGAUUCGUAUUUCUACCGAAAAAUGCAACGCAUAUCACCCAGCCUUUGGAUGUGGGUUAUUACGGGCCUCUCAAAAAAAUAUGGAGGAAAUUACUGACGGAUUAUAAAACACAGAAUCCUCGAGACCAAACUCUGAACAAGUCCACAUUUCCACAUUUGCUGAAAAAGUUGAUGGACAAAUUAGAUUUGACCAAUAAAACUACAAUUGAGGGAGCUUUUCGAGGAACAGGAAUCAUUCCAUUUAAUCCACAGGAAGUGAUGAAAAGGUUGCCUUCAAAUAGAGCCCAGGAACAUAUUUCCGAAACACUCAGCGAGUCGAUGCUGGACUAUUUGAAAGGAUUUCGUACUCCUCAAUCAAAUAUAAAACCUCGAUCAAGAAAAAAAAUGUUGAAAAUUCAACCAGGAAAAUCAGUUUCCUAUGAAGAUUUUUGUUCCGAUGAAGAAAAUGCUGCAGAAGCUGUAGAAGGCGUUGCCGAAGAUGAAGAAGAAAAAGAAAAUAUUCCAAAUAUUGAUCUCACUGAUGUAGACGUAAUGGCUCGUUGACACGGUGCGAGAAACCACGUGCGUGAAGGCCUCGAA